UAAUUAACUCAGGUAGAAAUGUAAGAUGUAGUGUAUGGGGUCCUCGUAGUGUGAUGCUGCAGGAUGCUGAUGAAGAAGAGGAAGCUAGUAUCAUGGAGAGUGAGGAUGAGGGUAGUUACGAGCAUGUCCAGAAUCCAGUAGAAGAAGAAAAGAAACAAGAGAGGAGAGGGCCUGCAAUAAAGGGGAUACUAAAGAGAAAUGUUGCUACCGAGGGGGAGACCGGGAGGAAUGUUACCUUCAGAACAGUGUUAGCAGAUUACGUGGAGCCUGUACCUGUUAAUGUUAUUGAUGAUGAAGAGUAUGCUAACGUCCUGGACUCCUACAAACAACUUUGCGCCAAACUCAGGGUCAGACCUUGUCAGAAGCUAGUGGAUCAGUUGGAGGGACUGCGGGAUAGUACCCUAAAACUUGAUACUAUCGAUCUCAAAGGAACCAGACUUGACCCCGCGCACUGUGAAGCGCUGGAGGCAGUCCUAAGAGUGCUACGAGCUCAGACCCUCAACAUUGAACAGACACAGCUUGAUGAUGACGGUGCUAUCUCAGUGUUUGAGAUGAUAGAGUACUACGAGCCUGUUACGAGACUCAUAGUAGCCAAUAAUGUUAGAUUAGGAGUACGUGCCUGGCUCGCCCUCGCAAGACUCCUCAAACGGUUUCACCGGUUGGAGUACCUAGACGUGAGAAGAACAUCACUUGACGAGAGUACAAUGCCGCUACUGUGCCGAGUACUAAAGUUGAACUGUACUCUCCGUGUACUCCAUCUCGAGGAUAACCAUCUCAGUGGUAUUCUCACCAGGAAUCUAGUUUGGGGUCUGCGCACGAACACCUUACUACAGGACUUGUAUCUGGGACACAACAAGUUGACACCCGAGGACGCUAAGUUGCUUGGUUCUCUGCUGAUUACUAAUAGGACUAUACGGUUACUGGAUCUUCGUAACAACAGAUUACAGGAUACGGGUGUUUUAUUCCUGUCAUCUGCGCUUGAGGAGCAGGCGUCAGGGUUACAGUUGAUAACGGUGUGGAGUAACCAGAUAACAGCAAAUAGCAUGUCCGCUCUCGGUAGAGCUCUGGCGUUCCACACCACAUUGGAAGGAGUAAACCUGGGAUCUAACGCUCUGGGUAACAAAGGAGUGGAAUGUCUAAAAGAGGGCCUCCUCUCCAGUAGGUCCAUCGCGCGGCUCGUCAUGGCAAGUUGUAAUAUCACCAACGAGGGUGCUGUGGUAAUGGCAGAGAUUGUUGGGGAUCAUACCACUCUUAUACACUUGGAUCUAAGGGAGAAUAACAUCAGUUUGGCUGGAGUAAUGGCGCUAAAGUGCGCAUACGCAAUAAACCACAAGCUCCUCCGAUUACACCUUGACGUCAUGAAACGCUCCAACAAUGACGAUCUUAUGCAGGAACUCCUCGCAGAAAUCGAAGCGUUUUCUGUCCGCAAUCUAGAAGCCCACAAAAACGCAGAUCAAUGUCCACUUUCACCGGAGGGUAAUGAGAUUGAGGGUGAUUCUGGGAUAAGUCGCUCAGAACAGGAGCAGGCAGACUAUGAACUUGCAAUGAAGCUCCAAAAAGAGGAGCGAGAGAAAUGUAAUAAUAAUAACCACAGCUCUAACAGUGUUACCAAACCUGAGGAGCGCCGUGCCCUGCCUAUCAUAUCACCUCCUAUGGCGCCUCCGCCUGACCCUACUAAAACAUUUGGCUUCUUCUCAGGACAUUACAUUAAAUUAAAACAGCGAUGGGAUGAGAGCAUUGGAGUUUACAUUAACAAAGGUGAUAUAUCUCUGGCAGCAUCGCCGGGUAACACUGAAUCUUACAGCACCCAGCACAACAACGAGGAAGAGGACGACCAGUUUGUGGACGCGGUCGAGGAACAAUCCGCUAGAUCCUCCAUUUCUUCUCUUGACAGUCCGACCUCUCCUACUUCCCCUGAAUUUGAUAGUCCUCCUGAUACAGUUGAUUUGUUAUACGAUGAUAGCCCGCUCUCCGGCACUAGCCCUCCUCCACUAGGAAGUCCACUUCCUGGUGGCAUAUCCUUCUUUGAUAGCCCACUCUCGGAUAUUACCUCCACAGAAAGCUCACAAUCUGAUCCUUUAAUACCCGAAAACAGUCUGAACAGUGAAGAUUAUCUUAAUCAUCACGUAGCUUUGAAGCGUAAUACUGUUAGUCACUCUCGUUACGAGUACAGCGAUAGCUUAUCCAAUACUUCUUCUGAGUGUACAAAUAACACUUCUGAGUGUUCAAAUAACACUUCUGAGUGUACGAAUAACACUUCUGAGUGUUCAAAUAACACUUCUGAGUGUACGAAUAACACUUCGUCCGAGUACACAAACACUUCGCCCGAGUACACAAACAGUUCGUCCGAGUACACUAACAGUUCUCCCGCUAACACCUCUACAGCUGACGAAACACCCGACUGCACCCCGUCACCAACAGAGUGCAGUAGCGAUGUAACCAGUGCAGACGACCGCGCCAUUUCCUCUACAGAUUGCAGUAGCGACACCGCCAGCGAGGUCAACGAUAUCCCACCAGUUUAUUACACUGGGCAUUGAUUAAACGGGUAUAAAAUCUGGUUAGAAAUAUUGUGAUGUGUCGAAGUGAUUUGUCCUUAAAUGGGAUGUGACGUCAUGUGAGGUCAUCAUGUGAUGUCACGUGGUGUGACGGGAUGGCUGGCAGGGUUCCAGGAAUCAUAAUGUAAUGUUGUGUGGUGAAAUAAUAAACUGUGUGUACGUGUGUGGUUAAAGUUUGAAUCACUGAUUUUUGUGGUACAGUUUUAAGGAAUGCUCGAAUACUCAGGAAUGCACGACAUGUAAUUCGUAACGUGAAGAUUUUCUAUUUGUUUCUAACGACAUUAAAGCUAAAUAUUAGGCCGUUUCAGGAGAGAGUACAUGUUUCAAAAGGGGCUCUUAAAUUAUUUAAAAUUUCUAAAAAUUGCCAAAUUUGUUCAUAAUAUUAUAUAUAUGAUAUAUACAUACAACGAAGUAAGAGCUAGAUUUCAUAAAUCACAAAAUUUGAAAGGUAUCUGUAUUAAAAGAUUAAAGAACGACAACGCAGGACGUUGUUUCAGUUAUAUAAUGAUAUGCGAAUAUAUGAUGAUAUGCGAAUGUUUAAUUUUGAUUUUUAUGAUUGCAUAUUUUGCAUAUUUCACUAAUAGUGGCUACGUGACAAUAAUAAAGACCUGUAUAAUGAUGUUUAUGUUUAUGUAUUACUAAUGACGGUAUCGUUCCGUUAUUCAUGAUUGAGGUUCAGGAA